GAAAACAUCCACCGCAGAAUGCGAAGCAGCGCAGAGUAGAAACGCUGCUACGAUCAACCCAGUCUGACGCCAUGGAUCCGACGGCGUGACAGCCGAGUGGAUGGCGCCUUUCAAGUUGGAAAACGGCUUUGUGCACGACGUGAGAGGCGUGAAAACGAUCUUAACGCCAAUGAAAGCGGUGUCACUUGUUAGGUGAAGAGCGGAGACAGAGAGGGGCCAAAGCGGCGGACGUUCCGCCCGAUGGAGGUUGUCGGGACGGGGCUGCAGACAGCACAAGGCCCGGAAUACCACCUGUGAAACGUCCGCAGCUCGCAAGACUACCACAUCAAAAGGAGAAACCAGCAAUUAUUUGUAUGCACUUUGGACAAGUUGCCUGGAAAAAAAAGUUAGCGAACAUUAGCUACGGGAGCCGAGAUGAGCGUUAACGUACCUGACAGGUGAACGACGCCACCGGACUCGUCGUUCUACGGAUGAGUUCACUUUACAAAGUUCACCUGUUUCCCGUGGGAAUUAACAGUGUGUAUAUUAUUUAAAAGAGAGAGUCUUUUUUUUUUUUUUUUUUUGGCAGCAUUUUUCAGCAAGUGUCGCGUUUUUUGCUUUUUCCCCCCACCAGUCAUGUCAUUCAAAGAGAACGCCUGUCGGAAAUUUCAAGCUAAUAUUUUUAACAAAAGUAAAUGUCAGAACUGCUUUAAGCCCAGAGAGUCGCAUUUGCUGAACGACGAAGACUUAAAUCAGGCAAAACCUAUAUAUGGAGGAUGGUUGCUGCUGGCACCAGAGGGGACAAAUUUUGAGAAUCCUUUACACAGAUGUCGGAAAUGGCAAAGGCGGUUCUUUAUCCUUUACGAGCACGGCUUACUGCGCUAUGCUUUGGACGAAAUGCCAAGCACUCUGCCCCAGGGUACAAUCAACAUGAACCAGUGCUCCGAUGUCAUAGACGGAGAAUCCAGGACGGGUCAGAAGAACUCUCUCUGCAUCCUAACCCCUGACAAAGAGCACUUCAUACGGGCAGAGUGCAAGGAAAUCAUCAACGGGUGGCAGGAGGCUCUGACUGUCUACCCGCGGACCAACAAACAGAACCACAAGAAAAAGCGCAAAGUCGAUCCACCUACUCAACAGGAACCUGGUCCAGCCAAGGUGACUGUGACCAGCAGCGGCGGUGGUGGCGGCGUGCCCUGCCGCUCCAAUAGCAUCGCCACCGCCGAGCGAGUCCCGAUGAGCCGGGCCAGCCUGUGGCAGGAAGAGGCUCGCUGGAGCCGCACCACCAUCCCCUGCAGCCGCAGCGCCUCCUGUCUGAGCCAGCUGUCCCAGAGCCAGCCAGAAUCCACUGUCACCACCCAGGAUGAUAGCGGCUCUGUGAGGACUGGACGCAAGGUCCGAGUGGAGAGCGGUUACUUCUCCCUGGAGAAAACCAAGUCAGAACCUUCCACACAACCUGUACAUCCACCCCAGUACCUCCCCUUGUCCUCCUCUGCGUCAUCGUCGUCCUCUUUAGGGGCUGCUACCUACAGGUACAACCCUGAGCCAGAACCCCCGACCUCUCCUCUUCACCCCUCCCCAGAUCCCCUUCCUUCUGCAGGUGGGCUCGCCUCCCCCAGCUACUCCACCGUCAGCUCCUCCCAGAGCUCGCUGGAGUCUGAGCCCAGCAGUACCGCCCCGACGUGGGAGAGGUGUGGCAGCAGCGAGGGGAGCGCCGGCGGUGUGGGCGGGGCAGGAGGUCAAACGAGCCGGCGUGGCAGGGAGUACGCCGUGCUGUCUGACGUGCCACGGGCUCGCCGUUUGACUUAUCGCGAAGCUUUUCGUUCUGACAAAAAGCGCCAGGAGCUGAGGGUGCGCACGCGGAGUCCCGGCAGGGAGGAGGUGGCUCGGCUGUUUGGGGAGGAGCGCAGACGUUCACAAAUCAUUGGACGCUUCGAGGAGGGUCAACACGAAGAGCUUAUGGACACGACCAGCUUCAGUGAGCCGUCCUCUAACACCGCUCUAAUACAGAGAGAAGGUCGCAGCGAGAGGCGCUAUCUAGCUAACAAACACGAGCUGUCCCUCGAUGCCGGCAAAGAGCGCUCGCUGACCGACGCGUCCAGCUCCACUUUUGCGAAUCUAAGAAGAGCGAAGUCUCUGGACCGCAGAGUCACGGAGUCCUCAAUGACUCCAGAUCUGCUGAACUUCAAAAAGGGAUGGAUGACCAAGCUGUAUGAUGAUGGAAUGUGGAAGAAACACUGGUUUGUCCUCACAGACCAGAGCCUGAGGUACUACAAGGACUCUAUAGCUGAAGAGGCUUCUGACAUGGAUGGUGAGAUUGACCUUUCCACAUGUUACGAUGUCAAAGAGUUCCCCGUCCAGAGGAACUACGGCUUCCAAAUCCUGUGUAAAGAGGGAGCGUGCACACUGUCCGCCAUGACCUCCGGAAUCCGACGCAACUGGAUUCAGGCCAUCAUGAAGAACGUGCGACCCACUAUCACCCCCGAUGUCACCCGAUCCCUGCCUGAGGAGACAGUAAAAGCCCAAGUGAUGUUGGAGCCUUGUCCGCCGCCCACCUGUGAGCUUGUGCCCAGUCCUGAAGGCCCCAAGACUGAAGUUCACACACAGCUGGCAAGCAGUCAGGCCUUUGUACCUCCCUGUGAGCCACGGAAAAGCCGUGUUCGUGAGCGUAGACGAGAGGGCCGCUCCAAGACCUUGGACUGGGCUGAGUUCAAAAUGGAGCACAACGAAAAGCCUGCGAAGGAACGAGCAGAUACAGUCGACUUCAGCUCAUCAUUGUCUAGAACUUCAUCCUGUUGUUCUCCCUCCUCUUCUCCUUCCUCGUUAGCGUCCUCUCCUGGCUCUACCUCCUCCCUCCAAACUUCCUCUGCAUCAGGUGCUCAGCCAGCUUCCGGGACCACUGCAGGGGAAGCCGAAAAAGAGGAUGUAAGGAGAAGUGUCAGUGCAGACCACACGCCAAAUACUGUUACGGUUAUCACCAGCAGCAGGCCGAACGCUGCAUCAGAGGUCCAGUCACCGGCACCUGAAGAUCACGAUCAAGGACGGAUGGAGGUUGAGCACCUGGGAGCAAUGCUGACCGCCAGCGAUGGUAGGGACUGCCAAAGCUCCGAUGUCCAGGAGGAGAUUGAGCAAAGAUGGCAUCAGGUGGAAACAACGCCAUUAAGAGAAGAGAAGCAAGUGCCCAUCGCCACGACGGUGGGAAACUCAAACAACUCUGACAGGCUGCCCGCACACGAACUAGCUGCACUGCUGGACAAAGAGUUGGGACAGAAGCAAAAGGAGUUGGACCAACUGCAGAAGCAGAACAACCUUCUGAAAGAGCAGUUAGAAGACGCACUGGGGAGGGAGCAAAGUGCCAGGGAGGGCUACGUGCUGCAGUCCACGUGUGAACGUGGCUUUGCAGCAAUGGAAGAAACACACCAGAAGGUAGUUGAAGAUCUCCAGCGGCAGCAUCAGAGGGAGAUUUCCAAACUUAUGGAAGAGCGAGAGAGACUAUUGGCUGAGGAGACGGCUGCCACAAUUGCUGCUAUUGAAGCCAUGAAAAAUGCACACAAGGAGGAACUGGAGAAGACCCAGCGGUCCCAGCUGAGCGGGCUGAACUCUGACAUAGAUGAGCUUCGACUACAGUAUGAGGAGGAGCUGCGAUCCAUCCACAGGGAGCUGGAGGUGCUGUCAGAGCAGUACUCCCAGAAAUGCCUGGAGAACGCUCACCUGGCCCAGGCGCUGGAGGCCGAGAGGCAGGCCCUCAGGCAGUGUCAGCGCGAGAACCAGGAACUCAACGCUCACAACCAGGAAUUAAAUAAUCGCCUGACCACAGAGAUCACCCGCAUGCGUUCCUGUUUCAGUGGUGAAACGUCGUUGUCGCCAACACAGGGCAAAGACGUGUACGAGCUGGAGGUUUUGUUGCGAAUUAAGGAGUCAGAGAUUCAGUAUCUUAAACAGGAAAUCCAUUCAUUGAAGGAUGAACUGCAGUCUGCACUAAGGGACAAGAAAUACGCCACAGACAAAUACAAAGACAUUUACACAGAGCUCAGCAUCGUGAAAGCAAAAGCCGACUGUGACAUCAGCAAACUGAAAGAGAAGCUACUGUUGGCGACGGAGGUGCUCGGGGAGAGAACCGUCGACGGAAAGAUCACCUCUGGAUACGCAGCGGCGGUGGGUGGCGGCGUGCCCUGCCGCUCCAAUAGCAUCGCCACCGCCGAGCGAGUCCCGAUGAGCCGGGCCAGCCUGUGGCAGGAAGAGGCUCGCUGGAGCCGCACCACCAUCCCCUGCAGCCGCAGCGCCUCCUGUCUGAGCCAGCUGUCCCAGAGCCAGCCAGAAUCCACUGUCACCACCCAGGAUGAUAGCGGCUCUGUGAGGACUGGGACGCAAGUCCGAGUGGAGAGCGGUUACUUCUCCCUGGAGAAAACCAAUGGGCUCGCCUCCCCCAGCUACUCUCCACCGUCAGCUCCUCCCCGAAGCUCGCUGGAGUCUGAGCCCAGCAGUACCGCCCCGACGUGGGAGAGGUGUGGCAGCAGCGAGGGGAGCGCCGGCGGUGUGGGCGGGGCAGGAGGUCAAACGAGCCGGCGUGGCAGGGAGUACGCCGUGCUGUCUGACGUGCCACGGGAGCUGUCCCUCGAUGCCGGCACAGAGCGCUCGCUGACCGACGCGUCCAGCUCCACUUUUGCGAAUCUAAGAAGAGCGAAGUCUCUGGACCGCAGAGUCACGGAGGUCCUCAAUGACUUGGAAGAACACUGGUUUGUCCUCACAGACCAGAGCCUGAGGUACUACAAGGACUCUAUAGCUGAAGAGGCUUCUGACAUGGAUGGUGAGAUUGACCUUUCCACAUGUUACGAUGUCAAAGAGUUCCCCGUCCAGAGGAACUACGGCUUCCAAAUCCUGUGUAAAGAGGGAGCGUGCACACUGUCCGCCAUGACCUCCGGAAUCCGACGCAACUGGAUUCAGGCCAUCAUGAAGAACGUGCGACCCACUAUCACCCCCGAUGUCACCCGGAAAAACAUCUCUCUGAAACUGUCGGUUUUGAAGCCCAGAUCCCUGCCUGAGGAGACAGUAAAAGCCCAAGUGAUGUUGGAGCCUUGUCCGCCGCCCACCUGUGAGCUCGUGCCCAGUCCUGAAGGCCCCAAGACUGAAGUUCACACACAGCUGGCAAGCAGUCAGGCCUUUGUACCUCCCUGUGAGCCACGGAAAAGCCGUGUUCGUGAGCGUAGACGAGAGGGCCGCUCCAAGACCUUGGACUGGGCUGAGUUCAAAAUGGAGCACAACGAAAAGCCUGCGAAGGAACGAGCAGAUACAGUCGACUUCAGCUCAUCAUUGUCUAGAACUUCAUCCUGUUGUUCUCCCUCCUCUUCUCCUUCCUCGUUAGCGUCCUCUCCUGGCUCUACCUCCUCCCUCCAAACUUCCUCUGCAUCAGGUGCUCAGCCAGCUUCCGGGACCACUGCAGGGGAAGCCGAAAAAGAGGAUGUAAGGAGAAGUGUCAGUGCAGACCACACGCCAAAUACUGUUACGGUUAUCACCAGCAGCAGGCCGAACGCUGCAUCAGAGGUCCAGUCACCGGCACCUGAAGAUCACGAUCAAGGACGGAUGGAGGUUGAGCACCUGGGAGCAAUGCUGACCGCCAGCGAUGGUAGGAAGGACUGCCAAAGCUCCGAUGUCCAGGAGGAGAUUGAGCAAAGAUGGCAUCAGGUGGAAACAACGCCAUUAAGAGAAGAGAAGCAAGUGCCCAUCGCCACGACGGUGGGAAACUCAAACAACUCUGACAGGCUGCCCGCACACGAACUAGCUGCACUGCUGGACAAAGAGUUGGGACAGAAGCAAAAGCAGUUGGACCAACUGCAGAAGCAGAACAACCUUCUGAAAGAGCAGUUAGAAGACGCACUGGGGAGGGAGCAAAGUGCCAGGGAGGGCUACGUGCUGCAGAGUACAACACCCUCUUCCACUUCACUGCACAGAGUGUCGUGGCAACACUUGCACAAGCUCAACCAAGACUUACAAGGCGAAUUGGAGACCCAAAAACGAAAACAGGACCUUGCCCAGCAGCAGAUUCGGACAUUAAAGAGAAGCUACACCGAAGCCCAGGAUGCCGUAGACCGUCAUGAGGUUGAUAUUCAGGCUUUACAAGCCAAACUUGCAUCGGCAAUGGCUGAAAUCUUGGCUGGUGAGCAGGCUGUGGCCCGUAUGCGUAAUGAGCUCCGAUUAGAACAAGAACGUUCAAAAGAACAACAAGAGGAAUUUGGACAUAGUGAGACCACCCUAAGGGCCCAGCUGAAGGAGAGCGAGGAUAGACUGCGUGAGGUAGAGGCCAGUCUUUUAGAGAGGAACCAGGUUCUUCGGCACCUGGAGCGCCAACAGGCCCUGCAGCGGGACCACAUGAAAGAGGUAAAAAGACUCCAGGAGAGGUUGCAAGAAGUGACUGCCAGACUGAAUGCUACUGAAGAGGGUCAAACUCUGAAGGAGGAGCGUUUGAAGGAAGAGCAGCGUAGUUUACAAGAGAGACAUGAAAGGGAACGACAGAAUCUAUGUAGAAAAUUGGCCGAAGCCGUAUCUGCACAGAAGGAGAUGGAGGACAGGCUGCUUGAAGCUGAGCAGCAGGUUGAGGCCUUGUUGAGAGGGAGACAAGCUUCAGGAGGAAAGGAACACAGGGAGGAAGUGAUGAAGCUACAAGAGGAACUGGCCCAAAAGACUAAUAUGGUUGAGACACUGAGGGACAGUGUCCGCAGACUUGAGGAAGAGAAAAGUCAUCUCACUUGCCGGUGUCAGGAGCUGCUUAACCAGAUUGCAGAGGCAGACCAUGAGGUGAACAAGCUCCGCAGUCAUUUGGAAACCGAAGAAGCCAAGUACAACACUCUUGAGCAUUCGUAUGAGAGAGCGUCUGAAGAGUUUCAGAAAAUGAGUCAGUUCCUCAGAGAAAAAGAGGAUGAGAUCUGCCAGACUAAGGAGAUGUAUGAAAGGUUGGUGGAACGCAAAGAAGAAGACCUAAAAGAGUCACUUGUUAAGAUGGCUGCACUUGGCAACAGCUUGGAGGAAACUGAACAGAAGUUGCAAGUGAAGGAGGAGCGUCUUUGUCAGAUGAGUCAAAGUCUCUUAGAUAAGGCUGAACCCUGCAGAGCUGAAAAGGAUCUCCAAGCCAAGCUUGUGGUCGCAGAGGACCGGAUAGCAGAAUUGGAGCUACACCUUCAUGCUCUGCAGCUUGGGUACGCUGACCUACACACCGAAAGGCAACGAACACUAGAACAGAACAUGAAAAGGAGGACUGAAACAUCAGCCUCCUCAUCACCAAACACAGAACUCUCACUUUCAAUCAGGAACACCAGCAUGACGCAGAACUCCCCAGAUGAUAAAGAGUGUCAAUCUAAGAGACCAAGAAUACAGUUUUCUAGUAUUCAGUGCCAAAAAUUCUUGAGCUUAGAAGGUGUGGACUCUGUAGAUUCAGGCCAAAAAGAAGGUGGAAAUGAAGAUGUUCAUCCAGCUGAAGGAAGCAUCUCAUCUGAUAUCACCUUGCCUCACAAAACUGACCCAGAGAAAUUUAUCUCCAUCAUACAUGCCCUAGAAACUAAGCUGCUGGUCACCGAGGAAAAGCUAAGAAACCUUACGCAGAAUAUAGAGGAGCAACAAUCUUUCCAAGAUGUGCCCAAGAUUGGACUAACGAUGACCGAUAGGUCCUGUGCAGAGAAAGAGUUGAGUUGUGGAAUUGGCUUUCAGAUGAUUGCUGCCAAUAAGCACUACGCCAAUGCCCUCUUGUGUUUAGAAAGUAGCCAAGAGAAAGUCAAAGCUAUUCUCAGUGGCUCUCAUGAUACUGCUGACUCACAGUUGGACUCGUUGUCUGAGAUAGAGAAUGAACUGUUCAAUGCGUCCCUGUACCUAAGACAAGGACAGAAGACCUUGGAUGAGCACUCAUUGGUGGUCCAUCAAGAUAAACCCCAAGAGACCCCAGAUGAAGAAGCACUCCACCUCUUUGCCAGAACCUUGUCUUUUGAGGCAGCCGUUUUGAACAAGAUGGCGGUAUUAAUCCAGAAUUCGAAAUCUGACCUCCUACAAGUUCUUGGUGAUAUUUGGGAUGACAUUGAGAACAUUAAACGAAGUGACAAAGACUGCUUGGCUGUAAUUUAUGCUGAUGUCUUGACAAGGAAGUUGAUGCUAGAGAGUGCGUUGUGUAAAGAACUGGAGAAAGCUGAGAAACCAUCUAAAGACUCAAAUUUAGCGGAACCAAGAGAGGGCAGUGUUUGUGCCGAUGCCACAGUUACCUGUAACGCCUUCUUUAAGGCAGAGCUAGCUUAUUCUGUUCAAAACCUUAAAGUGUGUUAUGAAGAAAAAUUCAGAGCACUGAAAAAGGAGUUGAUUGAAGCCCGCUAUAACCUACAUCAAAGGGAAAUUGCUUUGAAAGCAAUAUUUGAUGCUUCAAAAAGGUCCGAUUUGAAAAGUGUAGUCAAAGAGGUAAAAAAUAACUUGAGUAUUAAUCAGCAGAAGUUAGCUGAUAUCCGACCUCCCGAGCUUGCUCCCUAUAUGGAGCAAAUCGAAAGGGAAGAGGCCAGAAACAUGGCUGAGGAACUCAUAGACAGACAGCUGAUUGGAGAUUUGCCCUCUUGUGAUGUUGAUCCUGUUGAGUCACUAGAAAAUGCACAUGAUAACCUUGUUUCUGAGCUCAAAAACCAGGCAGCAGUCCUUCAUAAGUAUGUACAAGAAAUUGAAAGUGGUGGCAACGAUCCUCGUUUGGCAAAAAUGAUCCAUGGUCUUGUAGGGAACCAAAUUCCACAUAAUUUCACAAGUGCAUCCCUGUAUAUGCGUGAAGCUCUUAUCCAGGCUCAGGUGGCUUAUGUGGCAUGCAGAUUGCGAGCCUUACACAAACAGGAGCUGCUCGGGUAUAAACAAGCACAAGAGAAUAUGGAGGCCCUUGUCCAGCAGCACGCCUCUAGUGUCAGUGUAAUCCAGCAGAAAUAUGAGAAGUCCUUGCAAGAGCAGCGUCUGAACUUUGCACAAACAGUGGCUGAUCUCCAGAUGGAGAACCAAACACUGAAGAGCGAGAUCAACAAACGUAUGAACCAGCUUGCACAGCAUCAUGAGCAGCUGGUCCUCCUGGAGGAGCAUUUCCAGAAGGAGACCAAAGAGCUAAAGCAGAGACAUGAGCAAGAGCUAAACAAGGUGGAGCAAGGCCGCGCUUCCACAGAAUUGGCACUCAUGGAGACCACAGCUGACAGCCAGCGCAAGCUUGAAGUGCUGCUGGUGGACAUGGACACAAUGGAGGAGCAGCAUGAGAAUCACCUGAGGGAAAUGCAGGAGAAGUUCGAGCAGAAAAUCUGUGAGCUGCAGCACAUCCACAAAAAUGAGAUCAAGCAGCUGCAUGCCCAGUACGGAGACCAGAAACGCGUCCAUGAGCACCAAGAAGAAAAUGAAAGCCUAGAGGUACCCAACCUGCUUCAGAGCGAAGAGGUGACGUCCCCAAUGGAAGAGGAGGAGCAGGGCAAAGGUGAGGGUGCACAGACCAUAUCAGAGGUGGACUCCAUGGUGAUUCUUAAAGACAGGAUCCAGGAGCUGGAGAGUCAGAUGAACACCAUGAAGGACAAACUUGAAAACAAGCAUCUGGAAGGAGACGUGGCGAGCCUGAGAGAGAAAUACCAGAGAGACUUUGAAAGUCUUAAGUCCACGUGUGAACGUGGCUUUGCAGCAAUGGAAGAAACACACCAGAAGGUAGUUGAAGAUCUCCAGCGGCAGCAUCAGAGGGAGAUUUCCAAACUUAUGGAAGAGCGAGAGAGACUAUUGGCUGAGGAGACGGCUGCCACAAUUGCUGCUAUUGAAGCCAUGAAAAAUGCACACAAGGAGGAACUGGAGAAGACCCAGCGGUCCCAGCUGAGCGGGCUGAACUCUGACAUAGAUGAGCUUCGACUACAGUAUGAGGAGGAGCUGCGAUCCAUCCACAGGGAGCUGGAGGUGCUGUCAGAGCAGUACUCCCAGAAAUGCCUGGAGAACGCUCACCUGGCCCAGGCGCUGGAGGCCGAGAGGCAGGCCCUCAGGCAGUGUCAGCGCGAGAACCAGGAACUCAACGCUCACAACCAGGAAUUAAAUAAUCGCCUGACCACAGAGAUCACCCGCAUGCGUUCCUGUUUCAGCGGUGAAACGUCGUUGUCGCCAACACAGGGCAAAGACGUGUAUGAGCUGGAGGUUUUGUUGCGAAUUAAGGAGUCAGAGAUUCAGUAUCUUAAACAGGAAAUCCAUUCAUUGAAGGAUGAACUGCAGUCUGCACUAAGGGACAAGAAAUACGCCACAGACAAAUACAAAGACAUUUACACAGAGCUCAGCAUCGUGAAAGCAAAAGCCGACUGUGACAUCAGCAAACUGAAAGAGAAGCUACUGAUGGCGACGGAGGUGCUCGGGGAGAGAACCGUCGACGGAAAGAUCACCUCUGGAUACGAUAUCAUGAAAUCAAAAAGUAAUCCUGACUUCAUGAAAAAAGAACAGUCGACUACAACCGAGCCAAUCAGAGGCGUAAGGUCAAAGAGCCUUAAAGAGGGACUCACGGUGCAGGAGCGCAUGAAGCUUUUUGAGGCAAAAGAUUCCAAAAUGAUCUGAAGAGCAAGAAUCUUCCUCUCUCGUUUUGUUUUUUUUUUUUUUGUUUUGUUUUUUUGGUCAUCUUCAGCUGAGGUUUAGGUAUUCUAACUGAGGUCACGUCCAAACUUGGACCUGUUGUUUUUACGCUUCUCAUAAAUAGUUGUAUUUUACUUUAAAAAUUUCACUAAUUGUGCAGAAAUGUGUCAAAUAAGCUGUGAGGUAUAAGUGACACUUUUUUUUUUUAAGAUAUCUUCUAAAAUGCCAAAAACACACAUAAACACACAUUAGGAAUAAUAUAUAAACCCCAUAUGAACUUAAUAUCUGCUGUAUUUUGCUAUUGUUACAUUUUCUAUAUCUAAUAAUUUUUCUGUACAUAACUACUGGAUGAAGAGUUUAUUGUUUGCUGUCGUUUGUUGGAGUAUCUGCUGUACUUUAAGUAUGGUUCGAGUGAUAGUUGUACACAAUGUGAUGUUAACUUGCUAAUGUGUGCAUUUUUGUAAAAUUGAGUGCGUGUGUGAUUUUUGGGGGGGAGCGUGGGGUGGGGGGUUGCACUUAUCACUUGACUACUUGAGUAAGCUUUUUAUUUUUUCAUCUAUAAUGGUUGUAGUGACUUUAAGCCAAUUAUUGCAGUGCAACCAAACAUUUUCGUGAACAGCCGUGAUUGUUCGUGAUACUGGAUUUUUUUAUAAAGGUAUAUUAAAUGACGAGUUUGUGUUCGCGCAGUUUUGACUUUGGUGUGAGAACAUUUCGUAAUGACCGGCGGUACUAUUUAGGACUCUGCAUGACUGUACAGAAUAAUAUCACGUUGCCUGUUUUCCCUGCAUUAUGCUAAAGCAUGACACUUUUUAAUACUAAUAAGCUUCGCUUAGCAAGUCCGACUGUUGAGGUGUUGACAUUGAAAUAUUUUACUGUAAGCAGACGUCUCCAAGCACUUGGCCCGACCCUUGACCUCUCACUGAAAUCUAGUUGUGCCUCAACAGAGUGAAGAAUACACACAUCCAUGAAACCUGUGCAGCUAUGAAUACACACUGUAUAGUAUUCACACUACACUUUGUACAUAUAUAUAUAUAAAAUGUCACAAGUACAAUGUGUUUUAAAGAUAUAUGUGCUGAGUAGCGUAAUAUACAAAAUAUAUAUGAAUAUUUUUUAUUUUGAAUGUAUAAUGUCAAAUAAAUGUUUUGAAAUCUUGA